UCACUCUCCCAUGCAUGCCAUUAGCUCUGAACAGAUGUCAGAAAGUGCACGCUGGCUGCCUGUCCCUCCGGUUCGGUCUGCUGCCAGCUCUCGCGAGCUUUGUCAGACUCAGUAUGCAGACAAAGGGCACCACCCCACAGCCCCAGCUAUUAACACUUCUUCUGAUCUGCCUUUUUGUUUGGAAGUCACACACUGAGGAAGAUGUCAUAAUCACAACCAAGACUGGAAAAGUCAGAGGGAUAAACCUUCCAGUUCUUGGUGGUACUGUCACUGCCUUCCUUGGAAUCCCCUAUGCACAGCCUCCUAUUGGAAGACUUAGAUUCAAAAAGCCACAACCCUUGAGUAAGUGGUCUGAAACCUGGAAUGCCACUAAAUAUGCAAAUUCUUGCUAUCAGAACAUAGAUCAAUCCUUCCCAGGAUUCACUGGGGCAGAAAUGUGGAAUCCAAAUACGAAUCUCAGUGAAGAUUGCUUAUUCCUGAAUGUGUGGGUCCCAACACCUAAACCAAAGAAUGCCACUGUCAUGGUGUGGAUCUAUGGUGGUGGCUUUCAAACGGGGACAUCCUCUUUACCUGUGUAUGACGGCAAGAUUCUGGCUCGUGUAGAAAGAGUUAUUGUAGUUUCAAUGAACUAUAGAGUAGGUGCCCUAGGAUUUUUGGCUAUACCAGGGAAUCCUGACGCUCCUGGAAAUGUUGGCCUGUUUGACCAACAGUUUGCACUUCAGUGGGUCCAGAAGAACAUAGCUGCCUUUGGUGGCAACCCUAAAAGUGUGACUCUGUUUGGAGAAAGUGCAGGGGCAGCUUCAGUGAGCCUUCAUCUGCUGUGCCGUCAGAGCCACCCUUUGUUCACCAGAGCCAUCCUGCAAAGUGGGUCUGCUAUUGGCUCUUGGGUAGUCAUGUCUCCUCACGAGGCCAGAAACAGAACACUGAGCUUAGCUAAAGUUACUGGUUGCUCGCAAGAGAAUGACACUGAGAUGAUUAAAUGUCUUCAAAAUAAAGAUCCCCAGGAGAUUCUUCUGAAUGAACUACUGGUUUCCCCUUCUGAAGCUAUCCUGUCAAUCAAUUUUGGUCCAACGGUGGAUGGUGAAUUUCUCACUGACAUGCCACACACACUGCUCCAACUCGGACAAGUCAAAAAAACCCAGAUCUUGGUGGGUGUGAACAAAGAUGAAGGAUCGGCUUUCCUAGUCUAUGGUGCUCCUGGUUUCAGUAAAGACAACAAUAGCAUUAUAACUCGAAGGGAAUUUCAAGGAAGUCUAAAUAUGUUUUUCCAUGGAGUGAGUGAAUUGGGAAAGGAAUCAAUUCUUUUCUACUAUGUAGACUGGUUAGAUGAUCAUACACCUGAAAUUUAUCGAGAAGCCUUGGAUGAUGUUGUCGGGGAUUACAAUUUCAUAUGCCCCACAUUGGAGUUUGCCAAGAAAAUAUCAGAACUUGGAAAUAAUGCAUUUUUCUACUAUUUUGAACACCGUUCCUCCAAACUUCCUUGGCCUGAAUGGAUGGGAGUGAUGCACGGAUAUGAAAUAGAAUUUGUCUUUGGUUUACCUCUGGAAAGGAGAGCUAAUUACACCAGAGCAGAGGAAGUUUUGAGUAGAUCUAUGAUAAAACACUGGGCAAAUUUUGCAAAAUAUGGAUAUCCGAAUGGGACCCAGAGCAAUAGCACAAAGUGGCCAGUCUUCAAUAGCAAAGAACAGAAAUACCUUACCUUGAACACAGGCAUGCCCAAGGUCUAUACCAAACUCCGUGCUCGACAGUGCCGAUUCUGGACAUCAUUUUUUCCUAAAGUCUUAGAAAUGACAGGGAGUAUUGAUGAAGCAGAACAAGAAUGGAAAGUAGGAUUUCAUCGCUGGAGCAAUUACAUGAUGGACUGGAAAAAUCAAUUUAAUGAUUAUACCAGCCAGAAGGAGAGCUGUAUGGGUCUCUAAUUAAUAGAUUUACCCUUCAUAGAAUGUUCAGUUUCCUGUAGAUGAAAACAAAAAUAUCAGUGACUAUGCGCCUACAAAAAUCACUAUUAUUCAGCUGAAAUAAAAAGAUAGCAGAGGAAUAA